AGAAUCAAAACAGACAGAGAGAAGGAGAGAGAGAGAGAAAGGAAGAUAGAUAGAGAGAAAAAGAAAGAGAAAUAGAGAGAAAAAAGGCAAUAAUAGAAGAGAGAAAUAAGUACUUCAGUUUCACGAAGAUUCCAGAAUAUAAUAGACGAAGAGAAGAGGAGAGAGAAGGAAAGAAAGGAAGAGACACAGACGCAGAAGAAGAAGAAGGAGAGUAGAAAAGAGAGAAAAGGAAAGAAAGGAAGUGACACAGACGUAGAAGAAGAAGAAGGAGAGAAGAAAAGAGAGAAAAGGAAAAGGCAAAGAAUUAUCUCCUAUUUGUCAAGUUAAUCAGUGAUUUUGAAAACACAUUUUUAGACUUUUUCUCCUUUUUCCUUAUUCUUCUUCGUUGUUAUGGCCAAUCUCUUUGGAAUUAUCGUGUCGGGGCGUCUGGUGCAAACAAACUUCGAGCAAGUGGGGGAGAAACAAUUUUUGUGCAUCAUUCCCGAGGCCGACAACAUCAAUCACGUGGUAGUCUUUCUGACGGGCAGUGUCCCCUUUCCCGAUGGUCUUGGGGGCUCAGUCUACUUUAGUUGGCCAGACCCCAAUGGCCCCCCCACCUGGCACCUACUGGGUAACAUAACGAACACCAAACCCUCAGCAAUAUUCAAGAUUUCCGGCCUAAAGAAAACGGGUGACUCGAUCCUACAGUCGGGGUAUAAUUUCGGAGCUCAGAAAGUAUCGCACAAUGCUCAGAUUGGGAUAUCGGUGGAACCACUGUCACAAAUACAGGGCCAGGUUGCCAAUCCAUCCACAGAGGCAUCAACCCUUAAUUCCUACAUGGAGUUCAGCCAUGCUAUGUGCGAAAACCUCUACAACUUUGCAUCUAGCUUCGCCCAGAGUCCUUCGCAGAUCACCCCUAAUCCAUCCGAACAGUACUUACCCUUCUCAGUGCUCACGAAAUGGUACGAGAGCUUCAGCCGGAAGUUGCAACAGAACCCGAAUUUCUGGAAGAAGUAGUGAGCCAAGGCAGUUGCAUCGUUUUUGUGGCUCUUGUGUAAUUGUAAGCUGUUUGUGCAUUGCCAGUGAUUGAUGCCCAUAUGACUAGCACAAGCAGAAUACAUUUUUUCAGCAAAAUGCCCUUACUAAAGCUCAAAGAAAAUAAUGAUAUAAUGGAGAUCAUGAAUUAUCUCUUUAUCUAAUGUCUCUUCAUUUUUGCUUAUACAUCUUAUACAGCAGAAUUAACAGUGUCUUAAUGCUGUAUUGUAUUCCCCUUUUAUAUAGCUAUGAUAUAGAAUGCUUUGUGAUUAAAUUUUAUUCCGAGUUAUCUUCAUGACUCAUAAUUCUCAUUUCUUUGUGAAACACAGUGAUGAUUUAGUGGCCUAUACAUCCAUAUCAAAAGAGUGUAAUUCUUUGUUAUACUAUGGUGAUUUAUUGCAUAAUUUCUUGCGGAUAUAUAUAGAGAAUUUUGGCAUAUAAAAUUUUCCAUAAGGUUGGUCACUUGUUAAGCUUGGAGGUCUGGAUAAGAUUACAACAACAGUUCCAGGUAUUGUUUCACAGAAUGGAGUAAUGGAGAUAAAUUAUAUAUCAUAAUAUGGUUUGAUUACUCUCAGAAAAAGGAGGGGAAGAACGAAGUGUCUGGUUGCAUCUCAAUCAUUAUUUGUAAAGGAAUAUCUCUGGCAGAAGAAUUUCAAGAAAAUUACAUUUUUUUCUUAAUUACCUUUCUGUCCCAUGAUGAAAGGCAUUUUACAAUUAAUGGGAAUUGUAAAUUAAGUCUUACUAUAUCCUAUUUUUAGAGUUUUUCUGUUAACCUCUCUUUUUUUUUUUUUACUUACAAUAAUGUUAUGUUUACCUGCUGUGUAUAAGAAAAGAAUUUAGAUAUAUAUUUUAUUUGUUUUCUAAGAUUUCCUAUACUAUAGUCAGUUUUAUACUGAUUUUGUAUACCUUUUUUAAUAUUUUUGAUUUUUAUAAUACCUGUUUAUGUUUGUGGGGUCUGUUUUGGGUGUAUAAAAUGGAUACUGCUCAGUUAAUAGACUGGAUUCCUUUUUCUACAGUCAGUCAGCCCAGUUUGUAGUUAACUAGACUUAACAGUGUCAUCUUGUGUGCUUCUGUUAGCAAGUGUCAUUUAAAUAUGUCCCAGAUUUAUUUUAGAGAAAGCAGAGGCAGUUGGGGAUGGGAUUGGUAGACUUGUUAAAAGGAGUGUGGCCCAUCUUCUCUGUGCUUGAAGUGUGAACUGUGAUACAAAAAGAUUAAUAAAUGCUAAAGAUGAUUGUAUAA